AUGUUGCCCUUAGUAGAUCAUUUGCUGGAUGCACUAAACCUGGAGCGCACAACAUUCCGAAUCUAUGCUGUCACUGCAUUGUGUCUCUUCUCUGCUGUUAUUGUUCUUCGGGCUUGCCUAAACGUGGUCCAGUCUGUGACUGCAUAUAUCACCAACUGUCAAAGACUACGCUGCUUCCCAGAACCUCCAAGGCGAAACUGGUUUUUGGGACACCUAGGAUUGAUUUUACCUAAUGAAGAGGGGUUGACUGAAGUCAGCAAGCUAGUCACAAAUUUUUCCUACACUCUGAAGUCAUGGUUCGGACCUACCUUGCCGAUAAUCUCGCUUGUUCAUCCGGACACAGUUAAACCAAUGGUAGCAGCUUCAGCUCUCAUUGCCCCAAAAGAUGAACUGUUCUAUGGCUUUUUAAAACCUUGGCUAGGCGAUGGUCUUCUUCUCAGUCGUGGUGAGAAAUGGAGUCAGCACCGCCGUCUCUUGACUCCUGGAUUUCAUUUUGAUAUCCUAAAAAAUUAUGUUACUAUCUUCAACAAAAGCACUGAUAUCAUGCACGCUAAAUGGCGCAGGCUGUGUGUAGAAGGCCCAGUGUCGCUGGAUAUGUUUGAACACAUCAGCCUGAUGACUUUGGAUUCACUUCUGAAGUGCACAUUCAGCUAUGAGAGUGACUGCCAAGAGAAGCCAAGUGAUUAUAUUGCUGCAAUUUAUGAGCUCAGCAACCUCCUGGUAAAACGUGAACACUGUCUUCCACACCAUUUUGAUUUCAUUUACCGAUUCUCCUCCAAUGGAAGAAAGUUCAGACAAGCAUGCAAAACUGUACAUGAUUUUACUGCAGGUGUGGUACAACAGCGGAAGAAAGCACUAAAAGAAAAAGGGGCAGAAAACUGGACAAAGUCCAAGCAAGGGAAGACUACAGAUUUCAUUGACCUCCUGUUACUGUCAAAGGAUGAAAAUGGAAGACAAUUGUCUGAUGAAGAAAUGAGGGAUGAGGCUGACACCUUUAUGUUUGCGGGACAUGAUACCACAGCCAGUGGCCUGUCCUGGAUUCUGUAUAACUUGGCUCGUCACCCUGAAUAUCAGGACAAAUGUAGGGAAGAGAUCAGAGAGCUAAUUAAGGAGAAAGACACAUCCCACUUGGACUGGGAUGACCUGUCUCAGCUGCCAUUUACCACCAUGUGUAUCAAGGAAAGCCUUAGACUACAUCCUCCUGUAACAGCAGUGUCCAGACAGUGUACUGAAGACAUUGCUCUUCCGGAUGGGAGAGUCAUUCCAAAAGGAAAUAUCUGUCUCAUAAGUAUAUAUGGAACCCAUCACAAUCCUGCUGUAUGGCCAAACCCUGAGGUCUAUGAUCCAUAUCGUUUUGAUCCAGAAAAAGCACAGGAGAGGUCUUCACAUGCUUUUGUACCCUUCUCUGCUGGACCUAGGAACUGUAUAGGACAAAACUUUGCCAUGGUUGAGAUGAAAGUAGUUCUGGCUCUCACACUUUUAAAUUUCAAAGUGAACUUGGAUCAAACCAAGACAGUGCGCCGGAAGCCUGAGCUGAUCCUGCGAGCUGAAGGUGGGCUUUGGCUGCAAUUGGAGGAAGUCCAAUCAUAA